UGGGCGGGGCCGACGCUCUCAUGUGACCACCUCAUCCGGGUCCUUUGCCUUCUCUGCCUCUUCCCAACAUGGCGGCCUCAGCCAAGAAGAAGAACAAGAAGGGGAAGACGCUGACGCUGACGGAUUUCCUGGCUGAGGACGGGGGGGGCGGCCCCACCUUCAUCCCCAAACCCGUCAGCUGGGCCGACGAGACCGACGACCUCGAGGGCGACGUGUCCACCACCUGGCACAGCAACGACGACGACGUGUACCGGGCGCCGCCGAUCGACCGCUCCAUCCUGCCCACGGCGCCGCGGGCCGCGCGCGAGCCCAACAUCGACCGCAGCCGCCUGCCCAAGUCCCCCCCGUACACGGCAUUCCUGGGAAACCUACCCUAUGACGUCACCGAGGAAUCCAUCAAGGAAUUCUUCCGCGGCCUCAAUAUCAGCGCCGUGCGCCUGCCCCGGGAACCCACCAAUCCCGAGCGCUUGAAGGGCUUCGGCUACGCGGAAUUCGAGGACAUCGAUUCCCUGUUCCAGGCUCUGAGCCUCAACGAGGAGUCUCUCGGGAACAGAAGGAUACGAGUGGAUGUUGCCGAUCAAGCUCAGGAUAAAGACCGGGACGAUCGCUGCUUCGGCAGAGACCGGGAUCGCUUCCGGGAUUCCGAGAGGUUCGAGAGCGAUUGGAGAGCGCGGCCGGCGACCACCGAGAGCUUCGAGGAUUUCCCCCCCCGGCGCGGAGAUGACGGCUUCGGAGACAGAUAUCGGGAUCGCUACGAUGACCGGUACCGGGAUGGGCCCCGGCGGGACAUGGACCGAGCCUUCGGGAGCAGGGAUCGCUACGACGACCGCAGCCGGGACUACGACCGAGGCAGCAGGAGAGCCUUCGGCACCGGCUACCGCCGGGAUGAGGAAUUCCGCAGCGAGCGCUAUGAGGAUCGCUGGGGAGCGCGGGAGGAAUACGGUCGGGAUGACUUCCGGCGCGAGGACAGAGCCCCCCCGCAGCGGCCCAAGCUGAACCUGAAGCCCCGCAGCACUCCCAAGGCUGAGGAGGCUCCGGGGGGGGCCCCCGCUCCCCGCUCCGGCCGCGCUGCCUUCAUCUUCGGGGGGGCCCGGCCCGUGGACACCGCGGCGCGGGAGCGAGAGGUGGAGGAGCGGCUGCAGAAGGAGCAGGAGAGGCUCCAGCGCCAGCUCGAUGAUGACAAGAGGCUGGAGCGGCGCCCGCGGGAGAGGCACCCCAGCUGGCGCAGUGAGGACAACCAGGAGCGCUCCAGGACGGGCAGUGAAUCCUCCCAGAGCGGCCCCCCCGGCACCGGCCCCACCGGCAGGACCACCCGGAGGAGGGAGAGUGAGAAAUCCCUGGAGAACGAAGCAUUGGCCAAAGAGGAGGAGGCUCCGUCCCCCCCCGGCCCCAAGGCCAAGGAGGAGAAGCAGCCGCUGAAGGUGAUGCCUGCGCCCCCCCCCAAGGAGAACGCGUGGGUCAAGCGGAGCAGCCACCCCCCGGCGCGGUCCCAGAGCUCCGACUCGGAGCAGCAUUCCCCGACCAGCAGCUCCCAGACACCCCCAAGCCUGCCCAGGGAGGACGGGGCCCCCCCGAGGAACCCCCAUAGGAAAGGAGAUGAGAACAAGCCCGAUGGAGGCUCCAAGGCCCGAAGCGGCGAUGCCGAGAGGAAGGAGAGCAGGAGGGAGCAGGACCCGCGACCUGAGCCAAAGAAACUGGAGGAGAGCCCCCCCUCGUUCAGCCACGCCACCAAGUUCUCAGCCCUCGCAGUGGACGGGGAGGAUGACGGCGAUGAUGAAGGCACCGAUUGAAGCCCCCCCCUUGGGCUGGAGCAUCAGCACCCCCCAACCACCCCCCCCUACCCCCC